UGUUGUUAUUAGGGCAGAUUACUGGGUAUCAAAUGAGCGAAAAUAUUGCGAUUUCUGUAAAUGUUGGAUAAGUGACAAUAAGGCGAGCAUUUCGUUCCACGAGAAUGGCAAGCGACAUAAAAUGAACGUGGCCAAACGCAUUACGGACAUUAGCCGUAACAGCGAAAAGGCCGAACAGGAAAAACGUAAAAUGGAUUUGGAAAUUCGCAAAAUGGAGGAAGCGGCCAUGCGUUCCUAUGCCAUGGACAUACACAGUCGUGGUGAUAUGACAGCCAAGUCGAUAAAUGCCGUAAUGACGGCUGGCGUAGGCCCCUCCACAUCAACAGGAGGUACUGAAAUGGGCCCACCACCUUCCAAUAAAUAUCGUCAACAAGAUCCGUUACGUUUAGCCGGUCCUGAAGAUGAAGACGAUUUACCACGUGUAUCUGUGGCCAAGAAACCCGAUCCCAAUGCCGUACCAAAUGCCUCCCUUUGGGUUGAGGGUAAAACCGAUGAAGGUUAUUCCUAUUAUUGGAAUGUCAAGACAAAUGAAAGUGUUUGGGAAGCGCCCAAAGAAGGUUAUCUCUCAUGGGAGGAAUAUCAACGCAUUAAUGAUUUGGCUGUGCAACAACAGGAACUGAAACAAGCCGAAGAGGCGAAAAAGUUUCGUGAAAAUGUCAAUGAAGAGGUGGCACGUUAUAACCGCGAAAGGCUAAAAGUUUUUCAACGUCACACCACAGCGGCUGAGAAAAAGGCUGAAGAGGAGGUUCGGGAAACCUUCAAGACGGAAGAAGAGGCAAAGGCCCCAGAAAUGGGACAGUGGCAGGUUGUGGAAACAAAACCUCCCCCAGUACCCAUUGAUUUAGAACUACCUCAAGUAAAUAACCAUUACAUUGCACCUGUUGUUUCCGAUAUACCCUAUGAGCCGCCCGUUAAACGUUUCAAAGAAAAAACCAUAACAAAUUUAGAUCCUGAAGUUGCCAGCAGCACUUCGACCUCAUUUAAAAAACGAAAAUUUGCUGCCAAAGGAAAUGCCCGCAAACGUUUGGAUGAUGAUUAAAGCGA